CAGAUAUGACCGUCAAAGUUUGACAUGCGCAUACGUGUCAAGGGUGGUGGACACACUUCUCAGAUCUAUGCUAUUCGUCAGAGUAUCGCGAAAGCACUUGUUGCGUAUUAUCAGAAGUUUGUUGAUGAAGUGCAGAAGAAGGAGAUUAAGGAUGUUUUGAGGUAUGAUAGGACAUUGCUUGUUGCUGAUCCUAGAAGAUGUGAACCCAAGAAGUUUGGUGGUCGUGGUGCCAGAUCUAGGUUCCAGAAAUCUUACCGUUAGAUUGAAAAUCUGAAAUGCUUUUGGUUUCCUGGUUACGGUAAUUGGAUUAUGUUUUUGGUUAAGUGUCGUUUCUAUUGUUUUGUUUAAAGACCAUAGUGUACCAAAUGGUACU